AAAUCAUCGCCCAAUAAUUCAGCUAUUUUACAUUCCUGUGGGAAAUCACUAAACAAUCGACAAACGACAAAAGCACGAAAAAGGAUCGAAGCAGACGCAGCGUGGGUGGCUUGGAGAGGAGGUCUUCUAAAGCAUCGCAGAGCGGACGCCAUUUUCCUCCGCCUCUCCCAGCUGACACAGGCCGGGAUGGUGCACCAGCCCCGUCCGACCGUCCCAAAGCUGCCGGACCCGAUCCGUCUCUGUGAUCGGAUGUGGCUCAUCGGCGGCGCAGCCGAGCGCAACCCGCAGUCUCCCAGGGGGUGGAGGAAUCGCGACCCCGACGGCGUCGGGCUUGGCAUCGCGGUGGCGCUCGAGAAGGCCGGCGGGGACAGCCCCAGGUGGCUCCGCGCGACGGCCCCCAUUGCGAUCCGUUCUCCGAGAGCGAGCGGUCCUCAAGUGGCCGGGCCAGGGUGCAGCGGCGAACUGCACCGGAAGCGACCAGCUUCUUGCCGCUUACCGCCACCGGCCGCAGAACAUUUUGGGGUCGCCGACUUCCUCAGCAGUUGCUUCCUGUGCAGGAAGAAUCUACAUGGGAAAGAUAUCUUCAUGUACAGAGAGAAGGCAUUCUGCAGCUCGGAGUGCCGAUACCGGCAGAUCACGAGCGACGAGUACCAGGAGAAACGCGGCGCUGGAGCCCCGAAGCCGUCGGAGGAGAUCGCCACCUCCCCCUACUCCGGCGAUCAAUUCUUCUUUACGUGCAUCGUUGUGUCAUAAACACGAGAAUGUCGACAUGUAGAGAAAGCUUUCUGAUGAGUUUAAUGCGUAGAUACUGAGUAUAGAAGCUAAUGUUCACGAA